UCAACUUCCCCUCAUUUUCUCUCACUUCUUUCUUCUCAGUUUCUGUAGAGAGAGAAAUGAAGUUCGGAAAGAGUCUGAGCAUUCAGAUUGAGGAGACGUUGCCGGAAUGGAGGGACAAGUUCCUGUCCUACAAGGAGCUGAAGAAGCGGCUCAAGCUGAUUGAGCCCAAGGGAUCAUCGGCUUCUGCCGGAGACGGAGGAGGAGUGGAUAGGCCCAACAAGCGCCCCAAAUUGGCUGUCGCCGGGGACUCCAAUGGUGGCGGAGAGAAGGAGGCCAUGACGGAGGCGGAGGUUGAUUUCGUUAAGUUGCUGGAGGAUGAGCUCGAGAAAUUCAACAGUUUCUUCGUCGAGAAGGAAGAGGAGUAUAUCAUCAGAUUGAAGGAUCUGCAGGAUAGAGUGGCAAAGGCCAAUGAUUGCAAUGAUGAGAUAAUAAAAAUCCGAAAGGAGGUUGUGGACUUCCAUGGUGAGAUGGUUCUGUUGGAAAACUACAGUGCUCUUAACUACACAGGGCUAGCAAAGAUACUCAAGAAGUAUGACAAAAGGACUGGCACUCUCCUUCGCCUGCCCUUCAUUCAGAAAGUCCUACAACAGCCCUUCUUCACCACCGACUUGCUUUACAAGCUUGUGAAGGAAUGCGAGAUACUGAUUGAUCGACUCUUCCCUGUGAAAGAAGCCCCAUCCUCGACUGAGGCAGCUGAUGGAAAUGAACCUUCAACCAGCGGAACUGCCAAAAGCGAUGGUCUACUCAGAGGCCCGAAGGAGCUUGCAGAGAUCGAGUAUAUGGAGAGCUUGCACAUGAAGAGCGCCUUAUCUGCAUUGCGGGUUCUGAAAGAAAUUCGCAGCAAAAGCUCAACCGUGAGUGUUUUUUCGUUGCCACCCCUGCAAACUAGCGGAGUAGAUGCUACUUGGAAUAAAAUUCCAAUUCUGGAACAAGCAGCAAAGUAGUCUGAGUAUGAUGUAUAUGGGAGAAGGGGAAUAGGCCUUAAUGUUAAUCCCCCGCAUUGUCAAUUUUUUUUUUCUUUGUGGGCAAAUGCAUCUGUUAUGCAUGCAUUAGAUAUUCAUAUACUAACAGAAAGGGUAAAUGCAUAAAAGUUUAGUCCUGAACGGCUGUAACCAGAUAUGAUUUUAUCUUUAAAUCUGAUUCCCUCUUGUGAGAAACAAAUACAGUAUGUCUAUUUUGGUUA